UAAUGUUCGAAAAUUUUAUAAUAUCACGCGUGGAAUAUUUUCAAAGUGUAAAAGGAAAAGCGAUUUCGAUAGCAGUAAAAUUGGAUGCUUAAAAAUCGCCAUUUGGUCAUCCAUCAUUUUUCGCUUUUCGUUUUCUCUUUGGUUUUAAUUUUUUUUACUGAAAAUAAGACUACAUCGAUUGUUACUUAAAAAAAGCAUUACUUUUGCCUCUUCCUCCACCAAACCCAUUAUCUUUUACUUUAACCCAGCCAUGAUCUCUAUACGUGUCAACACCGCUUCCGUCGCCGCCAUCGGCACAAGCACCAGUGCCAGCGCCAAUGCCAGCCCAAGUGACGUUUCUUGUAGUGGCCCCAACGAUCUCGAAGUGUGGUCCGAAACGAAGCAGCUCAAUAUUUCCGACACCCAGGUUAAACUAGCCCGCCGCGUGUCAUUCAACCUAAGCGAAAACAGCGUCUUGCAGCUUCCCAGCAACGCGGCCAUCGGGAAAAUAGCCAACGCUCGCGCAAGACGCCGCCUGAGUCUCAGCGGCGAGCUAGACGGCGGUCUGAGUGACAAGAGCACUGACGAGGUGGAGCAGCUGGCUGACCGCCGGGCCAAGGCCUUGCUUCCGCACGGCGCAUCGCCGGAUCUCCUGGAUCCAGGGUUUGCCAUGACGUCGCUGUACGUCAAACAUGGCCAUAUUCAUGCUUUAGACCAUGGGCAUGGUAGCAGCAGCAGUGGUAGCGAGGAAACCGCCGAGAAUGGAUUAGCUGCAGCUUUGUACGUCAAGGGCGUGCUCAAGCCAUAUGCACCUUCGCCGAUCCACGCUAGCUUCUUUGUCAACAAGCGAGAGGCUGAUGAUCAGCAGGACGAGCUUGAUGAUGAUGAGAGUGACUCUGAUAACUCGAGUCGCCGUAGUCGCCGCAUUAAAGCCCAGCAGCAGCAGCAAAAGCAGGAUGGUGGGCGCAAGUCCAAGAAGAAUAGUAAAAAAAGAAAGAGCCGAAGCAAGUCUCCGGCGCUAGAUACUGUUUCACAGACUGAAACUGUCGUAUCUGCAUCUAUGCCUAUUGUGCACCACCACCCAAUACUCGUGUCUGCGAAAAUGUAAUUUUAUAAGCCUAAACUUUUUAUUGUACUUUUUUUAUACCUCUUUCGCAUUCCACCAGCAUCUAUAACUGCGUGGGAUGAUAUCUCAAAAUAUAAACAAUUUUUUUUACUUUUUUAAAUCAUUUUUUCGCUGAUUGUGAGAAUCAAGAGCGAUUCUGCCAAUUUGUAUUGUAUAUUACCGUGUAUUUAGUCGAGAAAAAUAGAGAGAAAUUGCGCUGUUUGUAUAUUUGACAUGGC